AUGUUCUCGGGUCCUCCUGGGGGAAAAGGCUAUGGCGGUAAGGGCGCUGGGUUUUCUGACGGCAAGGGGUUCGGUCCCCCGCCGCCGAUGCCACCAAUGCCUCCGAUGCCGGGUGGCUGGGGCAAGGCAUUUCCCGAGUGGGGUCCUAUGUGGGCUGGUGGCAAAGGUAGUGGUAAGGGUAAGGGCUUCGAUCAUCCACCUCUCCGUGGUCCCAACUGGAACCCUCCACCGGGCCAUGGUCCACCUGGGAUGAGUCCCGACCUUGGACCACCGCCUUCAAGGAUGAUGAUGCCUCCACCUCUACCGUCCCAAGGUCCUCCGAUGAUGGGAGCCCAACGACCUCAUAUGAUGGGAAUGCCGCCACCCAUGCUCGGUGGUGGACCACCCGUACCACCAGCCAUGCCCAUACCACCGGUCCGACCAAACAUAGUUCCAUCGGAAGGGAUGGUGAAUACGCGGCCUGCAGGAGGCUCUAGGCGGCCUGCAUACAAACCAGGGACGAGUGGUGUUCGGCGGGGCCUCAUUUUCGCCUUCCACAUCGACCCGAGGGCGGACAAAGAGUUGCUCGACGAGAUGUUCACAGUGGCCGCGGCGCCGGCGGAUGAUGAAAAACAGAGUACAUCUACUACUGCGGAACGCCAGGAGGCCAUAGAGAAAAUCAAUGACCAGUUUAUACAGCUUUGGAGGGUUCCCGGAGAGACGUUCGUCAUUGCUGAGUACCGUUCGUGCGGCGCUGCGUUCAAGGCACAGCGAGCUCUGACUGGGAUAAGGCUUUUUGGUCGGGAGAUAUAUGCUAGAGUUGAUAAAAGGACUCAGGAUAUGAUGUAUCACUGGCGGGGUGUCAGAGGCAGAGAGGUCGCCAAUAGGAUCGCUAAGGAGGGCUAUGAGGUGCCUAGCAAUCUCAUGGACUUGGUGGAUGAUGAGAUACACCAGUUGGUUAAUCGGGCGAAGGGUAUCCUGUCGGACAUAGCUCGGGCUGGGGAAGCUAGAAUACAGUCUGAGGAAUCGCAGGCUAAUGCCAGAGGCACUGAGAACUGGAAGGGGUCACUUGUGAAGAAGGAAGAGAAGCGCAUUGAGACGGUAUUGUUGGGGAAGGCUGAGCAACAGGAGAAGCUGUCGAGGAACGAGCAGCAGUUGGCUGAUGUGCAAGCUCAAUAUCUUGAAGCACGAGCAGCAGCCGAUAAGGUUGAUAUAGAGACAGAGAAGCGCGAGAAGCAUGAGAGGAAGCGGCGGAAGAGGGAACACAAGAGUCGGAGUACAAUGAGUAUCCACGAGCUCAUGUCCUUGGUGCCGAGUGAACGUUCGGAUAUUUAUCGUCAUCCGAUUGACUGGGAUUACGUAUUGAGUCAAUCUACUACUGUCCAGCAGACUCUGUGGACGUGGGUCCGUCGCCAGGUGUCAUUGUGGUUGGGCAGUCCCGACCGGGAGCUCACCGACUGGAUAAUGAGGAUGGUCAAUCGGCGAACCGAUGCGCCUGAUCUAGCAAGGGAGCUUCGAGUCGUGAUUGACGAAGAGGCUGACGCCUUCGUGGAGCAGCUCUAUCGGAUUUUAGUAUUCGAGACUCUCCGGAAACAAUAUUGUCCAAAUGCUAAAGAUUCCCACCAGAGCUGGGUGCCACUCACAGAGCGGGUCGGUGAAGUCGGAGGAGAGGAUAGCGAGUCGGACGAGGAUCUCAUGGAUGACACCCGAUCGCCUUCGGAUGAUGUGGAGAUGACCGCUGCGCCGUAAAAUUAUUGUUUCUUGCUACCAUAGCUUUCCC